AUGGCAGUGGACUUGGGGGACCAAGCAAGUGGCUUUAGCCACAGUGAGGUGGUCAGAUUUAUAAACAAUGAAAUCCUUAUGAACAGAGGAGGACCUGAGUUCUACAUGGCUUUUCGCAUGCAGCCCUGGAAUGAAAUAGAAGACCAGCUUUGCACCAUUCUGGUUGAUCCUCUGGUGCCACGUUCUUUCAAAAGGGCCUGUACCUGGAGCGCCUUGGCCCUGAGUGUGCGAGUAGGUGCGAGGCAGCGUGAGCAGCAGGCUUAUAUGGUCGGGUUGCCACAAGAUUCAUUGGGACAGGGCCCCUCGGCUCCCUGGGCCUCAGUCUCAGAGCUGUGGCAGCUGCGUCAACAACAAGAGGAGGCCAUCACCCAACUGAUUUCCACUCAAGCUGCCCUACAGCAGGCGAGGAGGGAAUGUGAUAUUCUGCGCCGGCGGUUGUACCAUGAAAGGUUUGCCCAGGUGACUCCGCUGGUUCCUGAUGUAGUGCCUGGAGCCCAGACCCAACAGCUUGGUGCUUCAGUGAUGCCCAUGAAUUCAGAUCAUGCGAGAGUUAUGGGUGCAAUGGGUGGGUACACUGACAGGCAAUAUUUGGAAGCACAGGUGUCAGCUGCAACAAAUGUUUUUUAUAUGCCAGGAAGCACAAGUCCCUGGCCCACAGCCAUGCAACCCUCUGUACCAGUCCCAAUGCCAUACCAAUUCCCACCACAUCCACCGUUUCUAGUGGAAUCUCCAUUCUUCGUGCCCUUUUCACCUCCAGUAGUUACGGAAACAGAAGGAGGCGCUGUAUUUCCAGUUCAGAUGCCUCUGCCUCCUGUGUAUCCAACAAAUCCAUAUGCUGCCCCAGGCUCCCAGGAUCCCACUGGUCUAUGGGACCAGAGAUGCUUCAUGGCUACUGAACUUCCUCCAGUCAUCCAGCAUUGUGUUCCUCCAGAGGACAUCAGAAACUUCAGCCAGGAGGGAGACCCAGAGAAGACCUGGGAAACAGAUAUCAUGGGAGACAAUGAAGGACACAUUGAAGGACAAGAUGCACGAAGAACCCAGGAGAGGGGUACCCUUGUGGAUAUUGAAAAUGACUAUGAAGAAGGAGAAGAAAAUAACGAGGAGAAGGAUGAAGAAGCAACAAUGCCAGUACCAGCAGAAGCUGAUGCAGACGCAGACGCAGAUGCAGAAGCAGAAGCAGACUCAGACGCAGAAGCAGAAGCAGACGCAGAAGCAGACGCAGAAGCAGACGCAGAAGCAGACGCAGAAGCAGCAGAAGAAAAAGAAGAGGAAGAAGAGCCAAAGUGA